UUCAAUAGUAGAUAAAAGUAACUCCUACUCAAGAUGAUGUUAGCUGGUAAACUGAUGUACAGUUUAAUGAUAAUAAUUGUUAUUAUUAAUACUGUCAAUGGAAACUGUCCCGAUGAUGAGAAGGAGAAGAAAACUUUUCCACUUGUUACUAAUACUAGUGUUAAUGCUAUACCAGAAUGUGUAAUGCCAACUGAUUGUAAAGCAUGGAAAGAACUGGGAAAGAACCAAAGUGGAGUAUAUCCUAUAACACCAGAUGAUGGACCAGCUUUCCAAGUAUACUGUGAUAUGGAGACUGAUGGUGGUGGAUGGACUGUAUUUCAGAGGAGACAAGAUGGAUCUGUUGAUUUCUAUAGAUACUGGACUGACUAUGAGAAUGGAUUUGGUGACCUUACUGGUGAGUUUUGGUUAGGAUUGAGCAAGAUUCAUCGUCUUACUAAAGAAGGAUCAAACACACUAAGAAUGGACCUGGGAGACUUUGAGGGGAACACAGCUUAUGCUAACUACUCUACAUUCAGUGUUAGUGAUGGUAGUACUGAAUAUAUACUAACAGUAGGAGGAUAUUCUGGUACUGCUGGGGAUGGAUUGAUUACUGAUCCUGAAAUCCAUGGUUCAAAAGGAAAUCAUAGUGGAAUGAAAUUCACUACAAGAGAUAAUGAUAAUGACAAGGAUAUAGGGUAUUGUGCUGUUAGUUACAAUGGUGGCUGGUGGUUUAAUGCUUGCUUUCAAUCUCAUCUCAAUGGUCCUUAUUAUACUAAUCCAACUGGUAAUGGUCAGUGGAACGGAAUCAUAUGGUAUGAUUGGAAAGGGAAAAGCUAUAGUCUCAAGUUCACAGAGAUGAAAACUCGUCGUAACAAUUAAAUAAUACUAAUAACUGAUUGCGUGUAUGUGUGAUGCUGAUAGAAUUUUAAAAUUGUUGAAAUUUAGUAUUUCUUUAAAAAUAAAUAUUUUAGCAACA